AUGGCGCGCGUCGCGCUCGCGUCAUCGCCAUGGCGGCCGCACGCGACGCCGGCGCUGACGGGCGGCAUGGGGAGCAGACUCGCGAGGGUUCGACGCGCGUCGGCGCCGUGCCCGCCGCCGCACGACCGCGGGAGGCGCGAUACCCCGACCUACAACCUCGUCACGUGGUGCGAGGAGAACUUUCAGCGAGGACUCCUGAAGGAGUACGUCGACCCGGACAGGGGACCGACGAAGGUGACGCGGGGGUCGGGCUACAGAGCACUGUGGAAGUGCGCGGCGUGCGGCCACGAGUGGCGGACGACGGUGAACCACCGCACGAAGAGCGACAAACCCACCGGAUGUCCGGAGUGCCGCCCACCCGGGGGCGGUCCUGUCACCGCCACCCCAACCAACAACUUCCUCGUGUGGUGCGAAGAGAACGGCGAGCGAGGGAAGAAACUCCUGAAGGAGUACGUCGACCGGGACAGAAAGCCGACAGAGGUGAUGCGGGGGUCGAAUUACAAGGCGCUGUGGAAGUGCGCGGCGUGCGACCACGAGUGGCGGGCGGUGAUGUGCAGCCGCACGAGGAGGAACAGACUCAGCGGGUGCCCGGCGUGCUCGAAACGACUGCCGCAGAGCGAGACGCACUUCUUCCUCGAGUGGUGCGAGGAGAACGGCGAGCGAGGCGAGAGACUGUCGCGAGAGUACGCCGAUCCGGACGUGAAGCCGACGGAGUUGGCGUAUGGAUCGGCGUACAGGGCGCUCUGGAAGUGCGCGGCGUGCGACCACGAGUGGCGGGCGACCAUGUGCAACCGCACGAGGAGCGACAAACCCGCGGGUUGUCCGAAGUGCAACCCCCCCGGAGGACCGCGCAAAGACAAGAGCGGUCGACGCGUCCCGCCCGCCGCGACUCGAUAG